AUGGAUAAAGGCCGUGUCACGUAUUGUACGGAUUUAGAAAAAUCUGUAAUAAUAACAAACUUUGAACGAAGAGGCUGGAUUCAAGUGGGAUCAGAGGAGGAAUGGAAUUUUUACUGGUCAUUCACACAAAACUGUCGCAAUAUUUUCAGUAUUGAAAGCGGGUACAGAAUGAACGAUAACCAAAUUAUAAAUCACUUUCCCAAUCACUACGAGCUGUCUCGUAAGGACUUACUAGUAAAAAACAUAAAAAGGUACCGUAAGGAACUCGAACGCGAAGGUAAUCCGUUAGCGGAGAAAAAGGAAGUGACGUUAGCGAAUGGACAAACUGUAACACGCUAUAUACACUUGGAUUUUAUCCCCGUCACUUACGUGCUGCCGGCCGAUUACAAUAUGUUUGUUGAAGAAUAUCGCAAAUCCCCGCAAAGCACUUGGAUCAUGAAACCAUGCGGAAAAUCUCAAGGAGCUGGGAUUUUCCUAAUAAAUAAACUUUCCAAGUUAAAGAAAUGGUCUCGAGAAGCGAAAACACCCUUACACCCUCAACUGGGUAGUAAAGAAAGUUAUGUAAUAUCACGCUAUAUUGACAACCCUUUGUUGAUUGGUGGAAAGAAGUUUGAUCUCAGAUUAUAUGUAUUAGUAACUUCGUUUAGACCAUUAAAAGCAUAUUUAUUCCAACAUGGAUUUUGCAGGUUCUGUACUGUGAAGUAUGACACUAGUGUGACGGAAUUGGAUAAUAUGUACGUUCACUUGACAAAUGUAAGUGUCCAAAAACAUGGGGGCGACUACAAUAGCUUGCAUGGUGGUAAAAUGAGUAUUCAAAAUUUCCGUCUUUAUUUAGAAGGCACUCGAGGACGUUUAGUCACCGAUAAACUGUUCGCUGAUAUGCAGUGGCUAAUAGUCCAUUCGCUGAAAGCGGUUGCACCAGUAAUGGCCAAUGAUCGUCAUUGCUUUGAGUGUUACGGUUAUGACAUUAUCAUAGAUAAUGCACUCAAGCCGUGGCUAGUAGAGGUAAAUGCAUCACCCUCCCUACAAUCAACUACACAUAGCGAUAGAAUAUUGAAAUACAAAUUGAUAGAUAACAUUGUAUCCGUCGUGGUACCCCCGGGAGGAAUUCCUGACGCCAGGUGGAAUAAAAUUCCAACCCCAGAAGCUUUAGGUGAUUUCGAUGUUUUGAUUGAUGAGGAGCUUAUGGAAAGAGAUGAUUCCGCUCCUCGAAAUAAUAAAAGUAAUCGAAGCAAGCCUUAA